CCAAAUUCCCACAAAAUAUCUCGUCUUCCUCGACCCCACACUCGGUAUCUAUACUCUUUUGUGCGAUUUACACACACAAGAACUGGAAAAUGAGUCGAAACCGCGUAGCUCCACCGCCUUAUGCAAAAAUUCCUGAUUUUUUCUCUUCCCUUUUUCUUUUCUUUAUUUGGGGAUGGGCAAUACCUAUAUAUACCUCAGCCCCACCUACAUUUUUGCCGACCAUUUCUCCGCGUUCCGAUAUUUUUUUCUCCUGCUUCAAAAAUCUUGCCAUUUGAGCCAAAACCGUAAUGAACCCUGAUGACCGCCCUCGCACUCUUCCAAUGCCCUGUUUCACUUCCGGCGACGAACCACCUGUUACGGCGGUGUUCCCAACUCCGCCGUCAUUUCCUUUCUCGACAGAGUCUCUGCCUCUAGAGCCGCCGCCGUUGUCUCCUUUCAUGAACUUCGAGGCCCAAUUUGAGUCCAAACCGGACAUCGGGAGUGCCCCUCAGCCGUUGGAGUCUCUGUAUGAAACUCCAAUUCCGCCGUUUCUGAGCAAGACGUUUGAUUUGGUGGACGAUCCUUCGUUGGAUAAGAUCAUUGCUUGGGGUGCAAGAGGCGAUAGCUUUGUGGUGUGGGAUCCUGUUGAAUUUGCCAGGAUGGUCUUACCAAGAAAUUUCAAGCACAACAAUUUCUCCAGUUUUGUGCGUCAGCUCAAUACAUAUGGAUUUCGCAAAAUUGAUGCAGAUAAGUGGGAGUUUGCAAAUGAGGGAUUCUUGAGAGGGCAGAGGCAUCUGUUGAAAAAUAUCCAAAGGCGCAAAUCGCUACAUCCUCAGCAUACUGGAAGCUCGGCUGGAUUGUCUGAUGAGGCAGGCAGAGUUGAAUUGGGAGGUGAAAUGGAACGUCUGAGGAAAGAGAGGCAUUCGAUGAUGCAGGAGGUGGUCGAAUUGCAGCAUCAGCAGCGUGGUACAGUUAAGCAUAUGGAAAUGGUUAACGAGAAGCUCCAGACAGCAGAGAAAAGGCAGAAGCAGAUGGUCUCAUUCUUAGGAAAAAUCUUUCAGAACCCAGCUUUUCUAACUCGCUUUCAGCAGAUGAGGCAACAAAAAAGCCUCACCUCCCCAAGGACAACGAGGAAAUUUGUGAAACAUCAUGCGCACGAGUCUGGUACGUCUGAUUCAUCCCCCAAACAGCAGAUUGUGAGCUGCCAAGAUGAGCUUGGCAAUCCUUUCAUGCCCAAACAACUUCCCUGUCCUCCCUUGCAAGGUAUGAUAGAAGACGUGUCAUUUGGGAUUGACGAUACUUCACUAAGUGAAUAUGCAAGGAUGGAUGAAUUCCUCAGUGAUCCAGAGCCCAGCGAAGCAGUUCUUAAAGGCAAGGGUGUUGUUGCAGGUCCCGAAUAUUUCAUGUCGUUUCCAGAGGACUUUGUGCAGGAGAAGACGACUCCUGAAUUCUCAACCACAGAAACUCAGACUAUGGCCAUUGAGGAGGGUCUUUGGAGCAUGGGAUUUGGAGCAAGUGCUGGUAUGUCUAGUUCCGCUGAGUUGUGGGGUAAUGUUAGCAGUUACAACACGCCAGAAAUAUCAGAUGUUUGGAACAUAGGUUCACUGCAGAGAGCAGGAAGUUCGGGAAUUGACAAGUGGUUGAACCAAGACUCUCCUUUUAGCGAGUUAGAUAACGAAGGCCAACAAAAUAGAGAUGAUUAUUCUAAGAAGUUGGAUCCGUGAGAUUUCUCUUGGAUCCUUCUUCAUAGUAUAGUUAAAUUCAUUUGAUGGACCAUAAAAUAAUAUCAUCAUUAUUAUAACUAGUACUCCUGCUUUUUAGCAUUUGUCAUUGGCCUCAAUUAUUUUCCCAUAUUCAUUGUUUCAUUUUUUUUAGUUUCUCAUAUAUGCAACUGUUAUGAGCUUUUGCAUAAUCCUACUAAUGCACCUCUGUUUUAAGCUGUGGGCGCACGGGGCAAGCACAUGCGACAGGGCACGAGAAGAAGCUGCUGCAACAGUCUUUACCAAAGGUGAGCAAAUUUUGAAGUGUUUUCAUCUUCAUCCAUCAGUAUUUGAUUGCAUUUCUUUAUUCUUCCAUAUCACUCAAUCAUAUACAUGCUUUGAUGGAUUGAAUACGUUGAUUUGCCCUUGUUGCAUCUCGAGUAUAAAAAUGCACGUAGAUAAGCUGCGAACAGAAUCUGCAGUGUUUUGAGGCAAGCAAACGUGGAGAGGAGAAACCCAAAGCAGAAAACGGGGAAUCUAUUAUCCAUUUACGCAUGUAUUUUCGUGUAGAUUGUGUUUACACGAUGUUGAAACCAUGUUCAAUUGACGCAUGUAUUUUCGUUGGUAUGUUGAAGAAUAUGAAGUUGAUUUAUUGAUUAUGAAGGUUUGGUCAUGUAACAUUUUGAA